GAAACCAAGGGAGAGAAAGGAAAGAGAGGAAGCGGUGGGAGGGUGGGGGAAUGGAGGCAACUGAACUUCAGCUCUCGAAGGAUUCCACGAGCUUACCUACCACCACAUGCAUGCAGAUGGUUGUCCUUGUUACCGUACGUUAUUAUUUCCUUUAUUCGGAAAAAUUCUAGCCCACGCACAUGUAGUUUGCAAAUAUAGAUAUACACGCGGCAGUGAAAGCUAUAGCGGCAUGGCUGAGCCUGCAAGUUCUAGAGCACUCGCAGCCCUCCUCCUCCUCCUCCUGUUUCUUCCUCCAUUCCCCCCAAACGUCGCCGUUUCACAAUCGAUCAUCAAGAACCUCCCUGGCUUUCCCGGCGACCUCCCUUUCAAACUAGAAACUGGCUACGUGGGGAUUGGAGAGGUGGAGGAUGUGCAGCUAUUCUACUACUUCAUCGAGUCAGAGAGCGAUCCAAAGGUUGACCCCCUCUUUCUUUGGCUUACGGGUGGACCUGGCUGUUCUGCCUUUUCUGGUCUUGUGUAUGAAAUUGGUCCAUUAACUUUCAACUAUGAUAAUUUCAGUGGGAAACUCCCCACAUUUGAGCUAAAUCCAUUCUCAUGGACAAAGGUUGCCAGCAUAAUAUUUGUAGAUGCACCUGUUGGCACCGGAUUCUCAUAUUCAAAAACUACUCAAGGAUACAAUACUGGUGAUUCACUCUCAGUCAAGCAAACCUAUGAGUUUCUAAGGAAGUGGCUCAUCAAUCAUUCCAAUUUUCUUUGGAACCCACUCUAUAUCACUGGUGAUUCAUACUCAGGCUUGCUUGUUCCCAUAAUUGUUCAAGAAAUCCACAAUGGUAACGAGCUUGGAUUAUUACCGCAUAUGAAUCUCAAGGGUUAUGUGCUUGGCAACCCAGUGACUGAUGAAUAUAAUCACCUCAAUGCAAGAGUUCCAUAUGCACAUAGAAUGGCCCUUAUAUCUGAUGAACUCUACAAGGCAGUUAAGAGCGACUGCAACGGACACUAUGCAAAUGCAGACCCAAACAAUGCUCCAUGCAUAGCCAAUCUCGAAGCUGUGACAAGGUGUACGGAUUCAGUAUAUCUUUGUCAAAUAUUGGAACCUUCAUGUAGCUCUUGGCUGAGCCCAAGACCUAGUUUUUUUCAAUGGGAUAAAAAUGUGAAGGAAAAUAUCAGAGACUUCAUGGACUUGCCUUCACAACGUCCUAAGCAGCGGUGCCGGGAAUAUAAUUAUUUGUUCAGCUACACUUGGGCUAAUGAUAAAACAGUCCAAAAUGCUCUUCACGUUCGAGAGGGAACCGUAAGGGAAUGGGUGAGAUGCAAUUGGACUUUGUCUUACACAUAUGAUGUCGAAAACUCUGUUGGCUAUCAUCGAAAUAUUAGCAGAGAGGCUUAUCGUGGGCUAGUUUACAGCGGUGAUCACGAUAUGAGUGUUCCACACAUUGCGACGGAGGAUUGGAUAAGGCUUUUAAAUCUUUCUAUCACCGACAAUUGGAGACCUUGGUUUGUCGACGGUCAAUCUGGCGGGUUUACAGAAGAGUACAACCACAACAACUUCCAUUUAACAUAUGCAACUAUAAAGGGAGGGGGUCACACAGCACCAGAGUACAAGCCCAAGGAAUGCCAUGCCAUGAUUUCUAGGUGGCUGGCAUUUUACCCUCUUUAGCUAGGUGAGAUGUUGCAAUUAUCCCAAAAUGUAUGAAGGGUUUUAUCUUGUUACUAGGUAUGACAUGUGGGACAAGGUUUGUAAGCGUAACUAAAUUUAAUUAUGAAGUUAGGUAUGUUGGGGAAGUAGUCAAAGCUUAAAACAAUUUUCUUUAGGUAAAAAUGUUUCACCAUUCCUUUGCUUUGUUUAAA